AUGGCCCCCCAUAAUUCCAAUACUGGGCACGCCAAGCCCGCGCGGAGAGAGCUUCCCAUGCUACGCGGCUCCAACAUAAUCUGCACCAGUGGUGGCGCCCCCGAAGUAGCUUUCAUUUGGCACUGCUCCGAACUGGGCCUCUUGGACGGCGACGAGGUAUGGCAUCGAGAACUUGAAUACUUGAAAUGGGUGAAACGCGAGACCGAUGAUGAGCCGCAGGCACUCAGAGCUUAUUACAUCCCAACCCUCGGCUUCAUCAGCCUCAGAGGCCGAUCCCGAACCCUCAACUCGAUGGCCCCAACUCGCAACCCCGACCCGGCCGAGGAUUACGCCGCGACACCCAUAUUCGGCCUGCCCGACGGACGCCUCUACCGCCAGGCCAUCCCAGAGGGCGCCGUAGCCCACGAGCGGCCCACCGUGGACUGGGUGCUCACCGUCGGCGUCAACCGCCAGAUCCGCAAGGUCAUCACCGGGGAGGACACCACGGCCCUGACCCCUGCCACCAACCCCCCAACCGCCGACGGAGACGGAGGCGGAGACGACAAUGCAACCCCGCGGCUCACCGGCACCGCCCUCGACCCCCGCGAGCACAGAAGCUGGUCGUCCGGCAUGAGCGUCCACGCCGAGAGCAGCAGCGGCAGCAGCAACCCAGCCGCCGGCGCCACCGACGACGUCGUGGCCAGCACCCUGCGCGCCUACCGCGCAGACCCGCCCGCCGCGCUGCUCUGCCGCAUCGCCUUCGCGCUGCCCGACCUGCCGCGCGAGCAGCGCGAGUCCAUCUACCUCGAGUGCCUGAUCAGCCAGACGGUCGAGCUGAUGAGGGAGGCCGGGCGGGAGGAGCGGGAGGCGAACGCCCUCCUCGUCGCCCGCGCCAACGAGGCCGCCGGGGACAAGGACGAGGACGAGGACAAGGUCCUCAUCGGAUUCGAGGCCCAGAUCUCGGCCGCGCGCCCCGGUCUCGGGCCCGGGGAUGGCGCGCGCGCCCGCGCCGUCGGGUUCGUCGCCGCGGUCGAGGGCGACCGCGACGCCGGCCUCGCCCAGCUCACUUCGACCCUCGACGUCGCCUACCCGGCCGCGCGCCGCGUGCUCGAGCACGCCAAGGAGGAGAUGCUCUCCAUGGCCCGCCGCGACGAGGGCGGUGCCGCCGCCAUUGUCACCGAGGCGCGCGUCGGCCGCGCCGCCGCCACCUUCGAGUCGGCGCGUGCGGCGAUCGAGAUGCUUGAGAGGGUCGGCAACCUCGCUCGUGCUGUCGUCCGGGACGUGGUGGAGGAGGACGAGGAGGAGGAUGAUGAGGACGAAGGGGAGCAGCACCGGAAGCGGGCCGAGGACCUCGCUGUGAUGGAGGAGGUCAAGACGGCCCUUGACCUGGCGUGGCUCCGGCUGGAGCAGGUCGGGGUAACCGGGGUGGCCAGGGUGCCCCGGAAGGUCGAGGCUGAUUCGGACGAGGAGGACGGUGAUGACGAGGAGGGAGGCGACUCCGGUUCCGACUAUAUUACCGAGGCCCGAGUCGACGGCGACUCCGACUAUGUUACCGCCCGGACCUGCCAGAGCUCCGGCACCCAAGGCAGCGGCAGCAGCUGGACCAACGACGAGACGGAGUGCUUCGAGGGAGAUCCGUUCGGCGACGAGGAGCAGCACCCAAUCUACUCUGUCAUCACCGCUGCCCCUGCAGCCGCGUGGUUGGUGGACGACCGAGUGGAGGAAUAAAUAACUCCGACAGGCAUUGCACUGGCGAGGAUGGAGAAGUGGAGAGAUAAGGAGAUGAUGACUGUAUCAGCAAGCAGGAACGGCACCCACACGGUCGACUAGUAGACUAG